AUCUGUCAAGUUGUCUUGUGUUUGAGGUUAUGACUUUAUUAAAUAAAGUAGACGAUUUUUUCAGAUUUUGAAGGAUUAUUUUGGUGUCUUAAAAGCAUUUCACCUUAGCGAUGGAUACAGUAGUAAAGGGAUUGCUUGAUGAAGAAGAGGAAGAGAAGAAGGGAUUAGUUAUUUUUGGUAGGGACGUAUCUAAAAUACCAUGCUUCAGAGAAAGUUUCUUGUAUGGUAUAUCUACUGGAGUUGGUGUGGGUUUAGCUGCCUUCAUAAAAACAUCGCGACCUAUGCUGUCACAGCACAUAGGCUUCGGAACAUUUUCAAUGACUACCAUGGUAUACUGGUGUUACUGUAGGUAUGCAUGGUCUAAGCAAAGGUUUGAUGCACAACUUCUGCAAGACGCUUUAAAAGAUAAAAUCAUGUAUGAAGGCACAGCAGUAGAAAGAGAACUGGAACAAAAAGGUGUAUUGAAAUCUGCGUAAGAGUGAAUGAAAAACAUUCAAGAUUUUUAUUUUCUGUCCACUUUGCAAUAUGUAUGACAAUAAGGACUAGUAAUCUAUGAUGUUAUUAAUCACAAAAUUCACAAAGAUGUAUAGUAUUUAUUGACCAGUAAAAUAAGGCGGCCAACCGUCCCGCAUUCUGCGGGACCGGGACCGUCCCGCAAUGCUUGACGAAAUCCCGUUUUGAAAUUAUUAGUAAAAUAGUCCCGCAAAACGUUGUAUGCGUCCCGCAUGUCCCGCAUUCCUAUUUUUCUACCACGCUUCUACACAACACCCACCUGCGCGCACGCUCAACAGUGCAGGAACACAGAUCCUAUAAUAUAAUCUCGUUCUCUUUAUUUCUACUGAACUCGUGACGCCUAAUGAUUUUGAAAAUAAGACAUUAGUGCACGCUGUGACACGAUAUUGAUAGGUUAAAUUAUAGCUUUUUGCUUACGGUUUUUAUUUUAUCAGUUCCGUCCGAUCAUUUUUCAAUGCCCUCCCCCCCCCCAUUUUCACGAAAGGUUAAGUCCCGCAUUCAGUUUUCGGAAAGUUGGCCGCCUUACAGUAAAAGCCUUAUAGAUAAUAUUAAUUCAAUGUCAUGCCAGUACAAAAUAACAAAACUGAAAAGCUGUGUAUUACGGGAGCCACAUUUAUCAUGGAUACUUGUAUAGAAAUGUUUUUUACUCCGUCGCCUCAUGUUUUACAUGUACAAUGUCAAUAGUAUAAACAUAUUGACUACUGGUAGGCCACUUUAUCUGAAAAAAUUAAAAAUGAUCAACUAUGUCAAAGUACCUGUAGAAUGUAGUACGUUUUUUGCAGAUUGUACUAGAAAAUAUAAUUUUGAGUACCCACAUAAUGUUUAUAAAGUACUUAUUCUGAUUUUAUGAAUUGAAUAUAUGUUAUUGUACAUAUACAUACAGUGUAAUAUAAAUAAUUAAUAUACUUACAGAUAAGCAUAACAAUUCAUUAAAUAAAACUUAGUUCAAUGACAUUUUUUAUGAAGUAGUUUUAAUGAUAUGUUUGAACUUUGUUUAGUAGUGUGAGAUCAUUCUAAUCAGCAGUCUUCAUGAUAACAUUAACUAAACGAGCAGAUUACAGCUAUACAUUAUGUAAAUUGUGCACUUGAAGACACGAUUGUAUGUUAUUUUAGAUUUUAGUGUAGGCAAUAAAAUGUUGUUACAUAUUGAAA